UACAACUCCCAGAAUUCUAUACUUUCGCUACGGUGUGGGUCGGGAUCUGGCUGCGCACGGAACAUUUUUGCCUUCUCCACUUUAACUUCAACUGCGGAGGAUUUGUAUUAUUCAGUGGAAAGCAGAGUAUUUCGGCGUUAGACAAGGCAUUUUCAUAUUUUAGAACGCUCUUUUGUUUAUACUGAUGGAAAAACAAUUACAUCUAAAUCUGUUAGCAUCCAGACCGCCAAUUCCAGGGGGUCUGCAAUCCGGGUCAAAAAUGCGAAUGGGACCUGGAAGAAAGAGAGACUUUUCUCCACUACCCUGGAAUAAGUACUUUGAAAAGAUGGAAGAUGUGGCAGUGCAGAAUGACAACAGCACUGAUACCUUUCGUGUCUACUCAAGUGGCUCCCAAGGGCCUGUUCUGCUCCUGUUACAUGGUGGUGGUCACUCUGCUCUCUCCUGGGCUGUGUUCACAGCAGUGAUCUGUAGUCGAAUCAACUGCAGAGUGGUGGCAGUGGACCUCAGGGGACAUGGAGACACAAAAGUAAAAAACUCUGAAGACCUUUCAGCACAAACUAUGGCUAAGGAUGUUGGAAAGGUGCUAGAAGCUCUUUAUGGUGAAAAUGCUCCACCCAUCAUGAUUAUUGGCCACAGUAUGGGUGGGGCAAUAGCGGUUCACACGGCAGCAGGCAAUCAUGUGCCAUCUUUACUGGGACUUUGUGUUAUUGAUGUUGUGGAAGGUACAGCAAUGGAUGCUUUAAACAGCAUGCAAAAUUUCUUAAGAAGUCGUCCAAAAACCUUCAGAUCAUUGGAAAAUGCCAUUGAGUGGAGUGUGAAAAGUGGACAGAUCCGGAACAUAGAGUCUGCACGAGUCUCCAUGGUUGGCCAGGUGAAGAAGUGUGAAGAGCCACUGAGCAGCCCUGGGAUAUCAAAGAGCAUUGUUGAAGGUAUUAUCGAGGAGGAUGAGGAGGAUGAAGGCGAGGAGGAGUCCAACAACAAAAGGAAGAAGGAGGAUGACCUAGAGGUGAAGAAGGAGAGCUUAUACACCUGGAGGAUUGAGCUAGCCAAGACUGAGAAGUACUGGGAUGGUUGGUUCAGGGGUCUUUCUGCCCUCUUCCUCAGCUGUCCAGUUCCUAAACUGCUUCUCCUUGCAGGUGUCGACAGGCUGGACAAAGAUCUGACCAUUGGACAGAUGCAAGGGAAAUUUCAGAUGCAAGUUCUUCCACAGUGUGGUCACGCAGUGCACGAGGAUGCUCCUGAAAAAGUAGCUGAGGCCCUUGCUACAUUUAUGGUCCGACACAAGUUCACAGAGGCAAAAGGAGGCUUUCAGUGUGUGUUCCCAGCUUGCUAAUAAGCACUGAACAUUAUGGACACCACUCUUAACACCCCUGCCUUGGCUCCAUCUAGCUUCAGCAGCAUAGCCUUAGGCCUGAAGAACACUGACAUCAUCCUGUGCACAUUGCUAGAUGGACAGACAACCAUAUGAUGCUGAUGUUUCAGCUACUGAUGUUCUUAGCUCUUAAAUGAACAAAAUAAUUUAUCGUAUUAUUGCUGUUAUUUUUUUAUGAUUAUUGUAAUGACAGUGAAAAAUAGAUGCUGUAGUGCCAACUUACUGGAAGUUUUUUCUUUUGAAAUUGCAGGGAUUUUUUUUUUUUUGCUUACCUGUAUUUUCUGUCAUUCUCAGCCUUUAUUCUAU